AUGCGACUCUACGCCCUUAUUCCGCUCUACCUUUCAAUGGGCGAAUGGCGUGAAGGAAUGCAAGAGUGUCACGCUGCCUCGCGCAACCUAUUUAACAAAGCUGAUUUCGCUGCUGAGUGCGAAAAAAUGGCUAUUCACGGUUAUUGGCCGGUCACCGAUGCUGGGUUUGACUAUGCUGCCAAGAAGAACCUGACCUGGAGUUGCCAAGCUAAAUGCAGAGUCCACUGCGACUAG